UGAAGGUAAAAAAGAAGCAAAAUGGAAGAUACGAGCCCGGCUGAGUCAUGACCCGCCACACACCGCCUUCCCCCACAGCCCCUCAAAAGGCUCUUCUUAUUCCCUUCUCCCACCUUCUCUCCCUGAUCCUCAUUCUCCAUCCAUCUCUCUACUCUUUACCACAUUCACCCCUCACCCCCCACCAACUCCUACGAUCGCUUCGUUUUUAAGAGAUUUUAAUUCUCUUCCAUCGUUCCCUUCUACCUACAGCUUUUAAGAGCCGUUUAUCGCAAAAGGCCGAGUUUAUGUCCAUCGAAAACCUCAAGUCCUUCGACCCCUUCGCCGAAGCUGACGAAGACACCGGCGAGACUAAACAGUCUCAAAAUUACAUCCAUAUACGGAUUCAACAACGCAAUGGUCGUAAGACCUUGACCACCGUCCAGGGUCUUCCCAAGAAGUUUGACCAGAAGAAGAUUUUGAAGGUGAUCAAGAAGAAAUUCGCUUGCAAUGGCACCAUCGUCAACGACACCGAGAUGGGCGAGGUGAUCCAGCUGCAGGGAGACCAGCGCAAGGAUGUUCAGGAGUUUUUGACCGAUAAGAAGGAAGGUCUUGAGCUUGAUGCCAAGACCAUCAAGGUCCAUGGAUUCUAAGCGUGUCACCACGCCGCGUUCCGGUUCCAUCCCCCCAAGUCUACGGUUCCCCCGGAAUGGUUGAAUAGAGGGCAUGGUGUGCCAUCCAUCCGCGGUUGUUCUCGCAAUCUCAGCGUAGACGACCGUGGCACACCGUCCUUGUGUCUUCUACCUUUCUUUACCCAUUCUGUGCUCGGUAUACCGGACUUGGGCCUUCUGUCGAACGAUGCACGAGUCUUUGAUCUUUACUUGUUAGAUCCCCUUCGAUCGCCCAUGGGUGAUCGAUGGGAGAGUGGGCCUUGUCCUGACUCGACUGCUAUUCUCAACAUGGGACUAUGACGGAACGAGGCGUUGGUAGAUACCCACGAUCGGCAUAGAUGUGUUUCUUUUUGUUACGCUUUGUUUUCGGACCUGGUUUCUUCUUUUUUCGUCGUGUCUUCGGGUUGACUUAUUGCUUUGCGGAAGCCGGAGGAACGUACCGGCGCGGUCAGAAGGCUGCUACUCGUCGAUCUUUGAUAUUACCCUGUUCUUUGUUAAGUUCAGUGUAUUUGUUCUGAGAGACUGGAUCAGUACUGUCGCUUUCGAAUGAAACAUCUAUGAUUUACGUACUCGUUUA